CAAUGUAUCCCAGCAAGGAGUGGGAUCCGAGCACCGUGUCGUACCGCCGGCCAAAAACCCAGUUCAAGUUGCCAAUUCUAUGUAUUUCACUAGGUCCGGCAGAGCUUCUAGGCCAAAAGGAAAAUACAUGAACAGAGCUAACUGCUGAAGUUUAUUGAAUCCAUAAUAUCAGAAAUAAUGCUUUGUUAUUUGACUUUUGCAUAAUGUAUUAUUCUGUUGACAAUGCAUAUAGUUGUGGGGCACUCAGUUAAAGUUAAGUGAACCAGAUCAUGUUUACACUUCACUUAUAAAACGGCUGUUAGUGCAGAAGUGUGUUUUUAUGUUUCCCGUGUUCAUUAGCCACAGCUAAAGAAGGGGGAUGUAGAUAGCUGUACUGUUUAACGGUUUGACCCUAAAGUGUUACCGUACUAUGAGUGGGUCUCGCUACCCGGAACUCGAUGUGCAUGGAGCAUGGAUCUCUAACUUUACCAUUCGGAUACUUUAUUGAUCAAAACAACAGAUGGAAUCACGACCAACGCGUUUUCUACAGAAUUAUAUCCAUAGUCUUGGCUUUAAUGCUCAGUGGGAACAGAAAUAGUCCAAGAGGGUAAGUUAAGGCAGCCACAACUUACUUGAGCGAGUUAAUUGGUUAUCUAUACAUAGUUCUUGCAUAGUUGUUGUUUGAAAUGUUUUCCUGACGUAACUCGAUGAGAAAUUCUGGUGAUAACCACCAGCUACUGCCCUGUUCCCAGUAUAGCCUGCGAAUGCGCUUAUCCAUGCUCGGAGUGAAUAUAGUCCAUGCCUGCUAUCUCACAGCUUUGAAUGCUGUUUUUUAUUUGGGGACUGGCGUUCAUUGGAAAGCAUUUCUGAUACAACUUUUUUUCUCAUGUCAAACAUUGUUUGGCAGAAACACUUUAAGCCUUCGUUGUGUCCCAGUGUAUUGUCUUUUAAGAUACAAUCGAUGAUCUAGACCUGUGUUGCCUACAUGUUUCAUAGCCGACGCGCCAUUACUUGAAUGAAGUCAAAUAGCAUCAAGAAUUCGGCCACGUCUCAUAGGUGCUCCGCCACAAAAAUGUAACUGGCGAUAAUGUCUCUGUUUCUAUAUCAGGGACUAUUGCUUACACGGACGAAAUAACUGGCAACUCAGUGAUGUUUUCACUCAAUGAAUGCACGUUAUAGCACGGUUUGCUAGUUGUAUGCCUAAUGGUGUGUUCAAGAUGCCUCGGACACCAGCCUUCCGAGUUGCAAGUGGGGAAAUAUCGUAAUUCCUCUCGGAAUUACGAUAAUUCCGAGAGGAAUGUACGCCGGUACAUGCUAGUCGUAAAUUGGACAUCUCCCAGCUUUCUUGUGAUAUUUCACUGAGAAACGGCCCCUAUUGGUCUUUCCCACAAGCGAUUCUGAAAGUAGAAAGCAGAUCGAAUAUAUCGAUUUAAAAUGCUCUCGCACACUUGAUUACAUUGCUACUUUACUCCGAUCACCAUUUAUGCAUUGCACGGUCAUGCUGUGGGUUUGUUUUCGAGUAGGAGAUGAUGGCUACCCUAGUGCAUUACAACAACCUCCUCCACGGGCCUUCUGUGUUGGGGAUGCUCAACGAGCAGCGCCUGAGCGGCCAGAUGUGUGACACGGUGCUGGUGGUGGGGGACCAGAGGUACCAGGCCCACCGGAGUGUCCUGGCAGCCAGCAGUGAGUAUUUCCAGUCUCUGUUCACACGGACGGAAGCGGAUGCCCCGAAGGUGGUCCACCUGGAUAUCUGUGAAGCGGAUGCCUUUGAGGAAGUGCUGAACUACAUUUCCUCCUCGCUCUUGGUGGACAAGGGAAGCCUGGCGGCCAUACAGGAGCUGGGCUACAGCUUAGGAAUCCCCUUCCUGUCCAACAUCGCGUCCACAAGGCCUCAUGUGUCCUAUUGUGUCUCCAGAAAGAGGCAUUCCUUAUCAGAGGAGGAUGAGACCGACAGUCAGACAAGGAGCGUCAUUGUGAUGACGCCCAGAUCUACUCAGCAAGAAGCGCCUCAGCCUCCCACGCAUCACAAUCCUCAACCUGUCAAUUCAAAGGCAACAGGAACAAUUGACGAUGCCGAGCGCAAGCCCGUCUUUCCAUACAGUUCCACAUUGAAGGGCAACAGUUCACUGUCCACCAUGAUCAGGCCGCAGCUCUCAUCCUCUGUCUCUUUCAGCGACAUGUAAGUCCAGUAUAUUAGGUCCCAACCCGGCUGCGAGAUGGGCGUUAAAGACGAGGAUCCCGUUUACCACGGCCGAAGUGCUUAUCAAGGUCAGCCAGGUGAACACAGCCAGACCAUCGACCGAAGCGGGCCGUUCAUUGAAAGCCUCCUGUGUCGAUCGUUGUCCAUGGACAGCACCGUUCCAGUGUUCUCACCGACGCUGGAGCUGCACGGCUGCGAUCAGUACGUCGUCAAAUCGGCAUUGACGGGGACAGAUACGUCCGUCCACAACAGUAUUUCCGACACAUCGCCGUCACCGCUCGUUCUCAGGACGAAGUACCCUGGCGGGUACGAUGAACAUGCCACUCAGGUAGACGAUGGGGUCUGCGUGAAGGCCGAGGCCAGCAGCCCUCUGGGGGACCCCCUGGAGGUCCUUCGGAUCACCAUCGGAGACACGUUGCCAGUAAACCUAAAACGUUUCCAACCAAAUAUCGAACAGGGGCCCAGGGCGGGCUUUGAUAACUUUGGAAAGAGAAAGGGGAGGGCAGACAACAGGAGAUGUCCCUUCAAAAAGUCCAGAGUUGAUGAACAUUAUCCCACUGAAAACAUCUGUCACCUCUGCAACAAAGCCUUCAGGACAAACUUUUGCCUUUGGAGUCACUUCCAGUCCCACAUGUCUACCGGAGAGGACACCGGGGCCAAAGAAGUCGAUAGACGCACGCCAUCGCCUUCCCCGUCGCCGCCCCUGAUACCUCAACCAACCUCUGAGCAUCCUGGCCCACCGGCCGUUGCAGCCAAGCCAGCCCAGACUGUGCCUGUAGCCGUAGCGAUCGCGGAAAGGCCACAAGGCAGUCCCAGCCCUCGGUCGAGAUCCAACAGCGUGGAGCAGUCGUCUGGCACUCAGGAUCCUGACACUCUGUUCUACCAUGCGCCCACUCUCUCCGCCCUGACAUUUAAAAGGCAGUAUAUGUGUAAACUCUGUCACAGGACAUUCAAGACAGCAUUCAUUCUCUGGAACCACGAGCAGAGUCACGGCCAUCUGUAGGCCUCCCACAGAGAGUGCACUUUUACCCGGCCCCCCCUACCCCCAGACAGACGCUACCUUAAAUUUAGGUAACACAUCUCAACGUUACACGCGUCAGUUUAAGAAUGGAAGACUCUGAUUGUAUAAACUACUCGCUUGCCUCCAUGGCAUGUAUUCAAGUGGUCAUUAGAGGUGUAAUGGGUAAUGUGUGCAAUGGGUAAUGUGUGCAAUGAAAUGCUAUUUUAGAUCUCACUAGAUGAGAUGGUUGGAUGGUUUGCAUAUUGUUUGAACUAGUUUGCUCAUUUAGCAUUUUAUUCACUUCUGGUUCUUUGUUUUUCAAAUGCUUUUAAUUAGUUGGCAUAAGUAAAACGCAAGCUUAGGCUAGUGCUUUUGUGUAUAUCUAUUGGGUCUGUAGAUGUAUUUCUCAUGGUGGCCUCAGCAAGCAUGUUAUCAGUAUGUACUUUGUUACUAAUCACUAGAGAUGUCCCGAUCUCAUUUUUUAGCACCCGAUCCGAUUCCGAUAUUUUCAUUUUGCUCCCGAUCCGAUCCCGAUAUUUCCCGAUACUGGUUUUCCAAUACCGAUUUGCGAUAUCACUUUUUGUGUUGACAAACAACAUUUAAUUUCCUGUACAUUAAGAAAUAGACAGGCAUCCAAGCUGUGCUCAAAAGCUUUUAUUCUCUCACGUUAACAUAAGCAUUACUUAACCCUAACCCUAAACAUAACAUAACAUAAAUUAAAGCUUUGGUUACUUAGCUUAUUUGAGGCAACAAGUUUCCACCCUUUUUUCAAGUAAGCUUAUUAUUUUUUACAAUGUGGGUGUGUAAUAAUAGCGUAAUAGAGCUUCUUAUUUCCUCCAUAUUAAUUUACUGCACUGACUUCUUCAGUUCACUGCAGGGUUUUUUUAAUGAAAACCAACAUCUGCACCAACUCGGCUGACAACCGGUACCUUUUCUCAUCAAGGACGUUCGACACUGCACUAAACACUGCACAGUCUCUCCCUGUCCACCGAUGUACAAGGUGCACAAAGAAACUUUGUGGCUGUAUCAGCCAGUGCGGGUCGCUGUGUAGCAUGUGCCCGCCAGUAGUUUAGUUGAUUCUCUGACCUUUGGAUGGUUUGUUCAGCCAGCAUUGAGAAGAGCCGUGUAAUAAUCCAUAAUAAUGUAAGUUUUAGAAGUUAAAUGUUUGAAAGUUGUACAAUAAAUUAAUAUAAUUUA